AUGGGUAUAUCAACAGUUCCAAUCUCCGCCAGUUCUCUGGCUGCACUGGAAUGCACCACGCCCAUCCGAGAUGGGGAUCACAUUAGCGUUAUGGACCCCUACCGCCUAGAGAUCUGCCAGGACCCCGGCUGUGCAACUAUCAGCAAGGAAAACGAGCAGCCACGGAUCCUUCAACCUUUUCCAAUAGUCAAACUCGUUCCCUCAGGCCCGAAUUCCCCGGAUCCAAACGGCCGUCAUAUUUUCCUCCACUGCACCGCCUACGCCGCCAACGGCGCUGGCCCGCUCAAAGACCGUCUGGACGGCACAACAAUCAUACCAAUCCAGCAGCUUAACGGGCCUGACGGAAACCGAGAAAACUAUUUCAUUUUCUCAAAUCUUUCUUUCAAAAUUCCCGGGAGCUAUAAGCUCAAAUACACCCUUAUCGAGGUCACCAAAGGGCGGGUCUUCCAGUAUGCAGUGGCUCGAUCCCAAGAGUUCCCCGUGUUCGACCAAGAUAUAAACGCCCACGGGGUGCCAACAUCGCUGCAACUUACGCUCACGCAAAACCGCGAGUACAGGAAUUGGUUUUCCCGUAGCUUUGCUGAAGAAUCGUUCACGAAGACACCAGGGAUCUUUAGAGCAGAGUCCGUGGUUCAACUGGAGGCCCCGAUUGCCCAUAUUUUCAACGGCUGGGUAGUCAAUGCGCGACUGGAAAGAUUUGGGCCGUAUGGCAAUAUGCAGGUGUGGGAGUGUCGAGAGCCAGAAAGGGAAUAA